AUGUCCAACCAUUCAUUGACCCACAAAUUCACACUCGUGGCUGGAACCCGUAUCCACUACGUCACGGCUGGUCUCAAAAGCUCUGGAGACACGAACCUAGUAUUGCUUGCGGGCUUCCCGGAAAGCUGGUAUGCGUGGCGCCAAGUAAUACCCGAACUCGCGAAGAACUUCCAUGUGGUCGCCAUUGACCUACCAGGACAAGGCGAUUCCGAUAAGCCAGCCGAUGGGUAUGACACGUUAACAGUCUCUAACAUCGUUCAUGAAGUGAUUCGAAAGUUGGAGAUGACCCACUAUUUUCUCGCUGCUCAUGACAUAGGCGCAUGGGUCGCUUUCCCAUACGCGUUGAUGUUUAGUGACGAGAUCGAAGGCUUAGCUUUGCUGGACGCCGGGAUUCCAGGAGUCACCCUCCCAAGCUUGAUUCCCACAAGCUCCGACAGCGCGUGGCGCUUAUGGCAUUUCCCCUUCCAUGCCGUUCUUGACCUACCGGAACUUUUGAUUCGCGGCAAAGAGCGGGUCUAUUUGGAAUGGUUUCUGAAGCGCAAAGCAGCUGAUCCAACGGUUUUCUCUGAGACUGAUUUGGAAGAAUACGAGCGCAUCUUGACGCAGCCCGGAGCACUGCGUGCAGGUCUAGCUUACUAUCGAGCAUGCGACAAGUCUGCUCGACAAAAUAAAGCGUUACUCGACGAGGGCAAGAUUUUACCUCCUUUGCUUGCAGUGUCAUCGGACCAGGGCUCGAUUCCAAGCAUGGCCAAGUCUUUGGAGGCGUUUUCUAACCAGGUCGUGGAUGUUACCAUCAAGGAUUGCGGUCAUUAUAUUACUGAAGAGCAGCCGUUUGAGCUGUCUGACGAGUUGAGAUCCUUCAUUUUUUCCUUGAGUUCCCCCUGGUAA